AUGUCCAAAAAAGCUGCUGCCAACACCAAGGAUGUUCUCAUCAAACUGAUAGUCGGAGCUGCUCAGGCAACCCCUUCUCCACCCGUUGGUCCUGCCCUUGGUUCCAAGGGUGUCAAAGCUAUUGACUUUUGCAAGGAGUUCAAUGCCCGCACAGCUCACUUCAACCCAGGAGUCCCCAUUCCCACCUUGGUCACUGUCAAGCCUGACCGUACCUUUUCUUUCGAGCUUAAAAGCCCUCCCACUGCAUGGUUGGUCCUGAAAGCUGCCGGUGCCGAGAAGGGUAUUGCCAGUGGGAAAGAUCCUAAAGUUGGAACCAUCUCCCUGAAGCAUGUUUAUGAAAUUGCUAAGAUAAAGAAGACGGAUGACCGACAUAAGAACCUUGAACUGGAAGGAAUUGUUAAGUCAAUUCUUGGAACUGCCAAGUCUGUUGGUGUUGAAAUUGUGCCAUAA